AUGUUUGACAGCUCGCAGUAUCCCUACAAUUGCUUCAAUGACGACGCCGACGACUACCCGGCCUGCAGCUCCGACGAGGAGAAGCGGCUCACGCGGCCCGCGUACAGCUACAUCGCGCUGAUCGCCAUGGCCAUCCAGCAGAGCCCGGCGGGCAGGGUGACCCUGUCUGGCAUCUACGACUUCAUCAUGCGCAAAUUCCCCUACUACCGCGCCAACCAGCGCGCCUGGCAGAACUCCAUCCGCCACAACCUGUCCCUCAACAGCUGCUUCGUCAAGGUGCCGCGCACCGAGGGCCACGAGAAGGGCAAGGGUAACUACUGGACGUUCGCAGGCGGCUGCGAGUCGUUGCUGGACCUCUUCGAGAACGGCAACUACCGGCGCCGGCGCCGGCGACGCGGCCCCAAGCGCGAGGGGCCGAGGGGGGCGCGCACGGGGGGCGCCGAGGGACCCCCAGAUCCGCCCGAGCCGGCCACCGCGCGGGCGUCCCUAAACCCAGACGUCGCGGGUGGGGGCGCCCCCCACCGCGGGUCCACGACCGCGGCCAUCCCCGCCGCAGGGAAGCAGGAGCCCAGGGACAUUAAGUUUAGCAUCGACUACAUCCUUUCCUCCCCCGAUCCCUUUCCUGGGCUCAAGGCGCCCUGUCACACUCAAGAGGGCGGAUACCCCUGGCUGGAGGCCCAGCAAAUGAACCUCCGCUUUUGGACAAUGUGA